GAGCGGCUGCGAGGGCGCGUGGUCGGGCUCUACUUCACUGCGUCGUGGUGCGGGCCGUGCCGCCGCUUCACGCCCAAGCUGGUCCAGCUGUACGAGGCCGCCGCACGCGCAUCCCCGCCCGACGGUCUCGAGUUGGUGCUGGUCUCGUGGGACGAGAUUGGCGACGAGCGGAGGGAGUACGCGCGGCAGGCGGGGAUGCGCUGGCUGGCGCUGCCGCACUCGCGCGAGGCGCGCGCCCUCGCCGACGAGCUCACCCUCCGGUACGACGUCACCUCCAUCCCCGCCCUCGUCGUUGUCGAAGUGUCGGCCGAC